AACCCACGGCCUGCGACGUGGAACCCACGGCCUGCGACGUGGGGCCGCCCGGAAUCGGGAAAGAAGGGUCUCGGCGCAGGUUCCUGAGCCGGCUUAGGUUUUUUUCCAGUGGAAGUCUUGAAAUACAUUUUCAUUAAAGAAAAAAAAAAAAUGGCUACUCUUAAAAGUUUAGAAACCAAAGUCACCCUUACUUCAACCCCAAUCCGAGGAGCAGGAGAUGGAAUGGAAACAGAAGAGCCACCUACAUCUAUUGAAACCACCUCUGGAGUCCAGUCCAUAAAGCAUCACAUCCUUCAGAAUCCACGGAAGAAAGCAGCUCCUUCAGAGAACCCAGGAGUUCUUCAGCUGGGAAAGAUUCUCUCUGAAAAGGCAGUGGAGGUAGAAGCUAUAAGAAUACGUGUUCCCAAAACUGCUAUAACUCAUGAUAUCCCCAACAAAAAUGGAAAGGUUAAAUCUCUAGGAUAUCAUAGAGGAGAAUUUCAUGGUCAGCCUGAAGGAGUUAUAGAACCUAGAAAGGAACUCUCUGAGGUGAAGACUAUAUUGGAAGAGCUCAAGAACUCUGAAAGAAGGUUACUACAAGACAAAGAAGGUCUUUCAAACCAGCUCCGAGUACAGACAGAGGUAAAUCGUGAGUUAAAAAAGUUGUUGGUGGCUUCUGUGGGGGAUGAUCUUCAGUAUCACUUUGAACGUCUAGCCCGUGAAAAGAAUCAGCUUAUUUUAGAAAAUGAAGCCCUAGGUCGAAACACAGCUCAACUCUCCGAACAGUUAGAACGUAUGUCCAUACAGUGUGAUGUGUGGCGUAGUAAAUUCCUCGCAAGCAGGGUAAUGGCAGAUGAGUUAACCAGCUCCAGAGCAGUUUUACAGCGUCACAAUCGUGAUGCACAAAGUGCUAUACAAGAUCUCCUGAGUGAACGGGAGCAGUUUCGUCAAGAAAUGAUAGCUACCAAGAAAUUUUUGGAGGAGCUCUUGGUCUCCUUACAGUGGGGAAGAGAGCAGACUUACUCCCCCAGUGCACAACCUCAGAGCACAGCAGAACUUGCAUUAACAAAUCACAACUUAGCAAAAGCAUUAAAUUCUCAUCUUCUGGGGAAUGUUGGCAUUGGCAGUCAGAAAAAGAUACCAUCAACAGUUGAAUUCUGCAGCUCCCCAGCUGAAAAAAUGGCUGAAAAGGUUCUACGCAUUUUGGAUCCAGUCACCUGUACAGAAAGCUCACCUGAUAAUCUAUUUUCUCCGUCUUCACCAACCACAUUACUUGCUACAAAGAAAAAUAUUGGACGAUUUCAUCCCUAUACUAGAUACGAAAAUGUAACUUUCAAUUGCUGCAAUCACUGCCAGGGAGAACUUAUUGUCCUUUAAUAUUCCAUAUGUUGGAGGCAUGUCCAAGAGUCAUUUUUAUUUGGGAGUUGGGUUCUUAUAAUACAAGGUAAUGUCACUUCCUCUUUACAUAUCAUAUAUCUACAAAGAUAUUUUAUGUUCUGGACUUCAGAUUAUCCUUUCUUAAUAAAUAUCUCAGGGUACAAAAGCAAA